CCUUAAAAUCCGAAACAAGGAAAGAAAAUUGUAAACAAAAAAACAAAAGUUGAGAAAAGGACAGAGAAAGAAGAAGAAGAAAAACAGAGCGUUAAAUUAAACACAAACAAUGGAUUUUACAUAGAUUCAUUCAAUUACAACUCACUUUCACAUUCUCACUCCACACACACACUUUUUUCCUGUUUCUCUUUCUCUCUCUUAAACAACAUGAACAUGAUGAUCAUGAUGUUCUGAAGUUGUUACUCUGUUUUUUUUUUUUUUAUAAUCUUAAUUGUUGUUUUUUUUUUGGUAUUUGUAAUGAAGGGUGAAGAAGGGGUGAAGACAACAACAACAACAACCUUGGAAGCUCCGAAGGAUGUUCCAGCUGUGGAUUAUGUUGCUGCUGAUGCUGUUGAAGAAAUUGAAGAGCAUGGAAAUGACUCUUUAGCUGAAAAGGAAAAUUCUCAGGUGGAAAAAGAGGUAUCAGAUUAUGAAGAUGAAGAAAAAGAAGAAGAAGAUGAAGAUGAAUCAGAUGAAGAAAAUGGAGAUGCUGAUCUUGAAGGUUUAUCUCUUGAUGAUGGCUUCUUUGAAGUUGAAGCUAUUCAGCGCAAGAGAUACCGCAAGGGAAAGUUGGAGUACUUUGUGAAAUGGUCGGGAUGGGAUGAGUCAGCAAAUACCUGGGAGCCUCGAGAUAAUUUGGUUGCUCUUCCUGAGAUUGUUCGAGCUUUUGAGGAACGCUUGCAAUCGACACCGCAUCAGAAGCGCAAGCGCACGCAAUCUAGUAAUAGCGCUCCACUCAAGAAAAGGGUGGAGCGUUCCGCCACUCCUUACAGCCUUAGAGGCAUAAAAACUGGCACAACUAGCACCAACCAUUCAAAGGCGGCUAACAGUAAUUCACAGCCCGCCGCCCCUCUCAAUGAACAACCCAGUAUUCUCGACACUCCUGCAUUUCCUCAGACCGUGCUGUUUGCUGACGAAGUAGAAAAUUAUGGUGAAGGAAGCGGUCUUGAAAAAGUCAAUCAGGCUAAUGAUGAUAUGUCUGUGGAUCCUCCAGAAGAUGUUCUUCGAAAUAAUGAGGAAAACGAGUCUGAUCCUAAGCUUACUCCAAACAUCGAAGCAAACAAGUCGGAUCCUAAGCUUACUCCAAACAUUGAAGAAAACAAGUCUGAUCCUGAGCUUACUCCAAACACCGAGGAAAACAAGUCUGGUCCUAAGCUUACUCGAAAAAUUGAAGAAAAGAAGUCUGGUCCUAAGCUUACUCGAAAAAUUGAAGAAAAGAAACCUGGUCCUAAGCUUACUCGAAAAAAUAAGGCAAGCAAAUCUGAUCCUAAGCCUACCCCAAACAAUGAAGAAAACAAGUCCGGUCCUAGGCUUACUCGAAAAAUUAAGGCAAAUAAGUCUGAUUCUAAGCUUACUCCAAAAAUUGAAGAAAACAAGUCGGAUCCUAGGCUUACUCGAAAAAAUAAGGCAAAUAAAUUGGAUCCUAAGCCUACUCCAAACACUGAAGAAAACAAGUCAGGUCCUAGGCUUACUCGAAAAAAUAAGGCAAAUAAAUCGGAUCCUAAGCUUACUCCAAACAUUGAAGAAAACAAGUCGGGUCCUAGGCUUACUCGAAAAAACAAGGCAAAUAAGUCUGAUUCUAAGCUUACUCCAAAAAUUGAAGAAAACAAGUCGGGUCUUAGGCUUACUCGAAAAAAUAAGGCAAAUAGGUCCGAUUCUAAGCCUACUCCAAAAAUUGAAGAAAAAAAGUUGGGUCCUAGGCUUACUCGAAAAAAUAAGGCAAACAAGUCGGGUCCUAAGCUUACUCCAAACAUUGAAAAAAAAGUGUCUGAUCCUAAGCAUACUCCAAACAUUGAAGAAAAAGAGUGGGAUCCUAAGGUUACUCGAAAGGAAAACAAGUCUGAUUCAAAGCUUACUCCAAAUGUCGAAGAAAACAAGUCCGAUCCUAAGCUUACUCCAAACAUUGAAGAAAACGAGUCUGAUCCUAAGCUUAUUCCAAACAAGGAGGAAAACAAGGUUGAUCCUAAGCUUACUUCAAAGAUUGAAGAAAACAAGUAUGAUCCUAAGAUAACUCCAAACAAGGAGGGAAACAAGUCUGAUCCUAAGCUUAGCGAACAUAAAGCUACAGCAACCAAUGAAAAUGACGCUAACAACCUCGCUAUACAGUUUGAAGAAGCCGUGACUCCUCCUAUAAAACCUCACAUGACUGAGCAGCCAACUGCGGUUUUCACAGAAGGGAUUACCAAACAAAGUGCAGGUAGCGCAGAACCGGUUCAAACUGGCUCCGGACGGUUAGGAACCAGACGGAGAAAAACUACUGCGAAGAGGUUCACCGGAUCUUCAAUUGCUCGUAAGCCCGAUGGUACAGCUGAACCAGCACAAACAGGAGCUACUGAUAUUGCGGCUCCUAGUAGUCACACAGCGACAGAACCUGUGAAACCAGGGCCUGACAUUGUUGAGAUUGUGAAGCCGGUAGGCUAUUCUGCUGCAGAAGCCAGCACCAAGCAGGAAGCUUCGGUGACCUUCAAGGUUAAAAGAGAAAAAUAGCGUUUUACACUUCUCGAAAGGUAAUAUUUUCUCUUAG